AUGUCCGGGUACCUUGCUACCGUGUUCAGGUGCAUAGGUUUAAAGACCCCCGGGGGGUCGCCUUUCCGCCCCAGGGUCGGUGGUGGUGGUGGUGGCGGCGGAGGGUCCCUUAGGGAGCAGUCGAUGUCUGGCGGCUCUCUGGGACUCCUGUUCCUCACGCGCCUGGUGGCCAUUCCCAAGGAGCCAGUAAAAUUUGAGGAUGUGGCAGUGAACUUCACCUCAGAAGAGUGGGCUGUGUUGGAUUCUAGUCAGAAGAAGCUCUACAGAGAUGUGAUGAAGGAAACAUUUUUGAACCUGAUCUCCAUAGAAGAAGCACUAGAAGAAAAUAUUGAAGAGGACUAUAAAAGUCUCAGCAGGAAUAUGGGAAUUCAGAGGAUUGAGAAAGACCAUGGAAAUGAAUGUCAUAAUGAGUGUGAUAAAAACCAGCAAGCUAGUCCAGAGAGUAUGAUCAAUAAAGACUUGCCUUCCAGAGUACUUGAAACUUCACUUGAAGAAAAAUCCAGGAAAAAACAAUGUAAAGAAGCCUGUAGGAGUCUGUGUUUAGAUCAGCCUCAGGAGAGACCUUGUACUGGAGAUAAACUCAAUGAGGAUGUCUUCAUGAGAUACACACAGGGACAGAAUGAUGAACAAAACCAUAAAGAAGUGGAACAACAUGUAUGUAGUCUCUGGGAAGAAUCCUUCGUUAAUUCUAGAGCGCUUACCAACCAUGACAAAAGUCAUAUUGAAGAGAAAAGUUACAUUUGUAGGCAAUGUGGCAAAACAUUUAAAUAUAAAACAUGUUACAUUCAUGAAAGAAUUCACACUGGAGAGAAACCUUAUGCAUGUAAGCAUUGUGGAAAAGCCUUCAACAACCGCAGUAGUCAUAAAAUACAUGAGAGGAGCCACACUGCAGAGAAACCUUAUGCAUGUAAGCAUUGUGGAAAAAACUUCACCAGUUCUUCUUUUCGAAACAUUCAUGAAAGAAUUCACACGGGAGAGAAACCUUAUGCAUGUAAGCAUUGUGGAAAAGCCUUCAACAACCGCAGUAGUCAUUAUAGGCAUGAGAGGAGCCACACUGCAGAGAAACCUUAUGCAUGUAAGCAUUGUGGAAAAAACUUCACCAGUUCUUCUUAUCGAAACCUUCAUGAAAGAAUUCACACGGGAGAGAAACCUUAUGCAUGUAAGCAUUGUGGAAAAGCAUACAGCACUUCCAGUGCUUGUCAUUUUCAUGAAAGAAUGCACACGGCAGAGAGAAAUCAUACUUGCAAGCAUUGCGGAAAAGCCUUUUUCUGUCUCAAGCAUCUGAAAAGGCAUGAAAUAAUUCACACUGGAAAAAGGCCUUAUGCAUGUAAGCAUUGUGGAAAAGCCUUCAACCACUCCAGUAGUUGUAACAGACAUGAGAGGACCCACACUGCAGAAAAACCUUAUCCAUGUAAGCAUUGUGGAAAAAAGUUCGCCAGUUCUUUUUCUCGAAACAUUCAUGAAAAUAUUCACACUGGAGAGAAACCUUAUGCAUGUAAGCAUUGUGGAAAAGCCUUCAACAGUCCUAAUAGUCGUAAGAAACAUGAAAGUAGACACACUGCAGAAAAACCUGCAUGA